AUGCCUCCGAUUUCUAGGAAAAGACUGUCUACAAGCAGUGUUAACCGUACACUAAGGAAUUUAGUAAGAGCACUUGCGGAUGUAGGUACUCCACGAGAGAGAUCUGUGUCGGAAUUAGCCUCUGACAUGAGUAAAAGGAUCAGUCAGAGCAAGCCCUCGACCUUCGAUGGUAAGGGGGAACCAUCGGAACUCGAGCUAUGGUUGAGGGAAUUUGACAAACUUUUUGAUGUAGUUGAGUGCCUAGAAGAACUAAAGGUCAACCAGGCUGCGUUUUAUUUGGUUGGUGAAGCCGACUAUUGGUGGGAAAAUAGUAGAUCUGGGUUAUUAGAACAAGCUGAUGGAGUCUUUAAUUGGGAUUUGUUUAAAAGGGCUAUGCGAGAGAAAUUUUACCCUUUACACGUGAGGAAAGAUAAGUCAAACGAGUUCGCUCAUUUGGAAAUGGGAGAGAUGACUAUUGAUGAAUAUUAUCGAAAAUUUAUGGAAUAUAUUCAGUACUGUCCUGAUGAUGUUCCCACUAAGGAGAAAAAGAUGCAGCGAUUUGAACUGGGAUUGUCGUAUGACAUUCAAAAACAUAUUGAGAGCGACCGCUAUAACACCCUGGAACAUAUGUACAAGCGUGCAUCUCAAAUAGGGAACAUUCUGAGGAAGGAGAAGGAAAAAGAGAAGAGUAAUGUCCCUGCGAAGAGGAAGGAGAUUGCAGGCCAGACAUCAGGGAGUUCGUCGGACUUCUAUCAGAAGAAAGCUAGAAAUUUCGUAAAUUUUCAGGGAAGUAGGUCUAGUACAAAUUCUGGGUUUAGGGGAGACGCGAAGCCUGCUAAGCCAUUACUGGACCGAGAUGGCAAUGAAAGGAAGUAUUUCUGUAGGAGAUGGAGGGGAAAUCAUCCUGGAAAGGAUUGUGAUGGAAAUUUGGUUGAAUGUAAUUUUUGCCACAAGAGUGGACAUAGGGAGUAUGAAUGCUACAUCAAGAAAGGGAGUGGAAGUCAACAGCCGGGUGAGCAGCACCGGCAGCAGAAUUCGAAUAACUCCGGAAGGCAAGUCAACCUACAGUACGGAAAUAGUAAUCAUGGGAACACUGCUCAGAGGUUUCAGCCACCUAUUAGUAGGGGACAAGUCCGGGUGGAUGGAAACCGGAUCGAAGGGUCAGGUAUGCAACGUGGGGGUAAUCAAGUGGAAGAAAUAAAUGCACAGCCGUUUGGUGGACGGGUAACUGCGGUCAGUGCAAGGGAAGCUGACCAAGCAACGGAUGUAGUUACAGGUACGUUCACCAUUCAUUCUGUAGCUGUUAAUGUACUUUUUGAUUCGGGUGCAACAUGUUCUUUUCUUGCAAAGAGUAAGGUUGAGGAGUUGAAUUUAGGAACGUUUGAAAAAGUUUCUUAUGCAGUGGCUGUUCUAUCGGAAAAAUUGUACAAUUGUGAUAGAUUGUAUAAGGAGGUACCCUUGAGAAUAGGGAAGGUCAUUUUUCCUUGUGGCUUAGAGCAGAGAGUGUUGUUGGAAGGAACGCGAGGGGAAAACGUUAGACAUAGAAAAUUUCAAAAAGGAUCUAGAACGAAUUUGGUGUCGACCUUGAAAUUUCAGAGACUCAUAAGGCAAGGACACCCUUUGUACCUAUGUCAUAUCAGUCAAGUGGAGAAGAAGGAGAAGGAACCUAAGGACAUUGCUGUAGUGAGUGAAUUUUUGGAUGUUUUCCUUGACGAAAUUCCCGGCAUGCCACCUCAACGGGAAAUUGAUUUCAAAAUAGACUUGGUGCCUGGGACGGGACCAAUUUCUAAGGCCCCUUAUCGCAUGGCUUCGAAGGAAAUGGAAGAAUUAAAGUCUCAGCUUGAGGAAUUGUUGGACAAGGGUUAUAUCCGACCUAGUGUUUCCCCUUGGGGGCCUCCAGUUCUUUUUGUGAGAAGAAGGAUGUGCGUAUUGGAUAAGCACGUGGUAGUCUUUAUUGAUGACAUAUUGGUCUAUUCGAAAGACCGAGAUGAUCAUGAUAAACAUCUAUGUUUAGUCCUGCAAACCCCGCGAGAAAAUAAUUUGUACGCGAAAUUGUUGAAGUGUGACUUUUGGUUGGAAAAGGUCUCAUUUUUGGGUCAUUUUGUUUCUAAAGAGGGCGUUUCGGUUGAUCUGGCAAAAAUAGAUGCUGUUCGAAGCUGGCCUGCACCAAAGAAUGUCACCAAGUACGAAUUUUCUUGGGCUUGGCUGGGUAUUACCGUCGUUUCGUCAAGGACUUCUCGCGUAUUGCUCGGCCUAUGA